AUGGAUGAUCCUAUCAACUUCAUUACCGCAGAGGAAUACUAUCGGCGGGCCAAAGGUUGGACCGGGCCUACUCGGAUAGAUUCGCUUUCUCAAGAAACCCCAGCCACCGCUGCCCAGCCAGAGUACUGGCACGGGGUGACUCUCACUUUUAACGAUAAAACACUUUGUGUUGUUCAAUUUGUUCGCCCUACCCUUUUUAGGGUUCGGUAUGAUCCGGCUGUCGGAAACCGGGAAGAAUAUGAUGACGCAAAUAGCCGCACCAUAAUUGAGGACUACAUGUCCCAGCUUGUUCAUGAUCUGGAUGCCUUCGCGGGCAUCACUUGGGUCACCAAGCUUAAGGAGUCUGCAGAUCGGAAGUAUUGGAUUUUUUCGUCAACUGUCACGGAGGCUCUGGAAAGAGAGGGGAAAGAGCAAUAUUAUAAAACUGGGGAUGGGAUGAAGCUUUUCCUUCACAAAGACCCCUUUCGCAUCCAGGCGGUCCGAGUGUUGACGCCGUUGCCCGACCUUUACCCAAUUCCGGAAGCACCUUCAACAGCCUCGCGUGCGACCGAGAAGAUCGUUUGGCAAACCUCCCCAGAGACCUUCCGCUGGAGCAUUCACCCGGUGGUCUCUGUUGUCAAGCAGGUUGUUUUGGAUGUUAUCAAAGCUGGGCAUGGGGAGUUUAUUGGCUUUGGGGAGCAAGGAGGAACUAGUUUCAUGAAAACUCCAACCUUUAUGAAUUAUUUUAAUUUUGAUAACAUGCAAUACCAGCAGGUAUAUAGCAAGGGCCCUCUCGAUGCCCGUGAGCCUUUAUAUCACUCCGAUCCCUUCUAUAUGGACGUCAAUUCAAACCCAGAGCACGCCAACGUUACAGCCAGCUUUUUGGACAAUUAUUCCCACAUCGCUAUCGAUUUCGGCUUCACCAAUUCGGGCUUCAUCAAGCUUGGAACCAGGUUUAAUGGGAUGGAUAUCUACGUGGUCAGUGCGGACACUGUGCCGGAAAUUACUCGGCUAUAUACUAGCAUUAUAGGGAGACCGAAACUAAAACCGAAGUAUGUUUUGGGCCACCACCAAGCCUGUUAUGGGUAUCAGAAAGUGGAAGAUCUGUACGCUGUCCUUGACCAAUACCGCAGUGUCGGCAUCCCUUUGGACGGACUACAUAUCGAUGUUGACUUCCAGGACGGGUUCAGAACCUUCACAACCAAUCCGACGACUUUCCCCAACCCUAAAGGCAUGUUCACGAGGCUACGGGAAAACGGCAUAAAAUGCUCUACCAACAUUACCCCUGUCAUUAGUAUCCAUGACCGGGCAGGCGGCUAUUCGACUCUUAGAGAAGGGUUAGAAAAAGGUUAUUUUAUCAAAGACAAGAGGUACAUCGAUGGGACUAGCGGAAGAGCAGAAGACGUCUUGUACGUUUGCUACGGUGGAGGAUCUAGGUACACUGUGGACCCCAAGGACGUUAACAUAAGACCGGACUUUGGGGAUAAUUAUGAUUUCGUGGCAAACUGGAACGUCAAGGAUUAUCCAUACCACGGAGGUGUAAGCUAUGGAUAUGGCAAUGGCACAGCAGGAUAUUAUCCAGAUCUCAAUAGAAAAGAGGUCCGGGAAUGGUGGGGCAAGCAGUACCAUUACCUCUAUGACAUGGGCCUUGAGUUCGUAUGGCAAGACAUGACUACGCCUGCUAUCCAUUCGUCCUAUGGUGAUAUGAAGGGACUACCAUCCCGCCUGCUCAUGAGCUCGGAUGCUGUCUCGUCAGCCGAACCAACCGAGAAGACUGCGACCGAAAUUUGGGCUCUAUACUCCUAUAAUCUCCACAAAGCAACUGCCCACGGUCUAGCCACUUUGGAGGAAUCGCUUCCCUCCCGGAAGAACAAACGCAACUUCAUUCUUGGUCGCGGAAGCUUUGCAGGAAUGUACCGCUACGCGGGACUCUGGAGCGGAGAUAACGCUAGUACAUGGGAAUUCUGGAAGAUUACAGUUUCCCAGGUUCUUUCGGUUGGCCUAAAUGGUGUCAGUGUCUCCGGAGCUGAUAUGGGGGGGUUUGAGCCAUACACCAAUCCCAGCACCGGGCAAGAGGAAAAGUAUUGCAACCCAGAAUUGCUGAUUCGCUGGUAUGCUGGAUCCUUCUUGCUGCCCUGGUUCAGAAACCACUAUGUCAAGAAGACCAGAAAGUGGUUUCAGGAACCGUACGCAUACCCAAAACAUCUAGCGCAACACCCGGAGUUGGAACCCGAACAAGGGUGGCUAUAUCGCGCGGUGCAGGGCAUCUGCAAGUACUAUGUCGAGCUCCGAUACUCCCUCAUCCAAGUUCUCUAUGACGCCAUGUUUGACAACCAACUUAACGGUCUCCCCAUUGCAAGGUCCAUGCUUUUGACAGAUACCCAAGACACUUCAUUCUUCAAUGAGAGUCAGAGGUUUCUCGACGAUCAGUAUGUCGUUCGGAAGGACAUUCUUGUUGCCCCUAUCAUCAAAGGUCGCCAUGAGAACCCCGGUCAAAAUAGAGAUGUCUACCUUCCGUUAAUGUACUUCUGGUAUCCGUCCAAUCUGAGGCCGUGGGACAAUCAGGGUGUUGCUCUUGGUUCGAGAGUUGAAGGAGGUAGCGUAAUCAACUAUACUGCAAGAAUCACCAAUGAGUAUAGCGAUUAUCCAUUUGUUACACCGGUUUACCUCAGGGAGGGUGCUAUUAUUCCACAGGUAGGGGUCAGACAAUGGAUUGGAGAUCUCCGCGACGGCCCCAACCGCAUGAAGAUAAAUAUCUAUCCCGGGAGAGACAAUGAGUACAUAACAUAUCUCGACGACGGUGUCAGUCGCAGUAGCGCCCCCGACGAUCUCCUGCAGUAUGAGAUAAUAGCUGCGGUGACCGCAGCUAGGAAAGGCGUGGAUAUCGAGGUUCUCGAUCCGGAGGCCAAGGGGGAGUACCGAUCUGUGUCAAUCUCCCAGGUCACUACAACGCAACCGAUUUCAACCAGUUCCACUCGGACAGUCACAAUUGCUCCGGUACACAGCAACUACAAUCCCGCUGCAGAGUUAGGUGAGAUAUAUACUGUCAUCCUUUGGUACGAUCCUGAGGUGGACGUAUCUCCGCUUCGAAUAUCCAUUGACCCAGCUGCUGGGGUUCAAUACGAUAUUUUCAAGAACACGACGUUGCGCACAGUGGUGAUUGAUGUUAAGGAAACUAUUGGAAAUUCCUCUAAGAUUGUCAUCUCUGUUUCCCCCUGA